UCACGCGUCAGCCUCAACUUCGGAAAGAUCGUCUAUUCAAACAUCUCACUCCGCUGUUAAAACAAAUGACCGGAUUAGAGCGUCGCCAUAACAACACGAUCCAAUCAGAACCCGAUCGGAUUAAUUGAUUAUCCUGAUCAGUGUUUCAAUAUUUGUCACAGAUAAAGCGAAUGUAUAAACUCUGGGUUCACUCCGUUGUUUCCCGGAAGUUGAUGAGAGUGAGACCUCUGUCCUUCCUGUGAUCUCCGCUGUAAACACACGUAUCCGUCAGCGGGGCUCUGCUCUCAUGUCUCCCCGGCUCCCUGUGCUCGUCCUCGGCACAGACCCUCCUGUUCUCUGACCCUCUGUUCUCCGCGUGUCUCUCCCCGGACGGUAGACAUGCUCCGGCUCUGGUUCGAAGCGGCGGCGGUCCUCUGGCUCGUGCAUGGGUGUGCAGGAGCCGCGGCCCGGCUGUACACGGAGGAGGACCCGCUGGUGAUCCUGAGCAGCAGCAGCCUCCGGUCUACCGUCAGUAACUCGUCCUCGGCCUGGCUGGUCCAGUUCUUCUCCUCCUGGUGCGGACACUGUAUCCAGUACUCCAGCACGUGGAAGACCCUGGCCCAGGACGUCAAAGACUGGCAGCAGGUGAUCAGUGUCGGGGUGUUGGACUGCGCUCAGGAGGAAAACUUUGACGUCUGUAAAGAGUACGGCAUCAAGUUCUACCCAACGUUCAAGUAUUUCAGGGCUCACAGUUCACAGACAGACAGAGGGACGACCUACAGAGGUGCAGACAGACAGGUCCAGUCAGUGAGACAGCUGAUGGUGAAUAUCCUGCAGAACCACACUAGAAUGGACUGGCCUGAUCACUGUCCUCCACUGGAACCACUCAGCUCUGUGGAGCUGCUGCCUCUCUUAGGUCAAAGGUCAGACCACUACACCGCCAUCAUCGUAGAGGAUCCAGACUCGUAUGUCGGACGAGAGGUGAUCCUGGACCUGCUGCAGUUCUCAGGUGUGGAGGUGAAGAGAGCGCUGAGCUCAGAGCUCCCCCUGCUGGACGCUCUGAAGAUCACAACCCUGCCCUCCAUCUACCUGCUGCACCCCAACGGCACACACACCCUGCUGCACGUUCAGAAGCGCCUGCGUUUCUUCUUCUCCUCCUUAUUGAGGACGUUACCCGGCGUCCAGCGCAGGUUGAAGUCUGACAGCAGCAGUUCCACUGUUGGUCAGAUGGGGACGCUAUUGGGCAAACAGAGCACAGAGCCCUGGAGAGACUUUGACCAGUCAAAGGUGUACACAGCUGAUCUGGAGUCAGCCCUCCACUACCUGCUGAGGGUGGAGUUAGCUACCCAUAAUACCCUGGAGGGGGAGGAGCUAAAGAUCUUCAAGGACUUUGUCACUUUGGUUGCAAAGUUGUAUCCAGGUGGGGGUUCAGUAGUGAAGCUGAUGGAGACUCUCUCUGAUUGGCUGCUCAGUCUCCCACUGCAGCGAAUCCCCUACCAGGCCGUGCUGGACCUGGUGGACAACAAAAUGAGGAUCUCAGGUGUGUUCCUGGGGGCGGAGCUUCGAUGGGUUGGUUGUCAGGGCAGCAGGGCAGGGCUUCGAGGUUACCCCUGUUCUCUCUGGACUCUGUUUCAUGUUCUGACCGUCCAACAUGAUGCCACACCCACUGCGCUGGACAACACAGGUCUGGAGGGCGAGGCGGCCCCAGUGCUGCAGGUGAUGCGUCGGUACAUCAGGACAUUCUUCGGCUGCGAGCAGUGCGGUCAACACUUUGAACAGGCAGCAGCUGUCAGCAUGGACCGAGUCCAGGACCGAGAGCAACAGAUACUGUGGCUGUGGAACCAACACAACAUGGUCAACUACAGACUGGCCGGCUCUCUCAGUGACGACCCCCUCUUCCCUAAAGCUCCGUGGCCCAGCCCCUCUCUCUGCGCCUCCUGCCACGAGGAGAAAAACGGCGUCCACGUCUGGAACCAGGACAACGUCCUCAGUUUCCUCCAACAUCACUACAGCGCCUCAAACCUGUCCCCCAAAUACUCCCUGACCCCCCCACGACUCCCCGCUCCUCCUCCAAACCCUGAUCCUCAUCCUGUGCAGACCAGCCGGCCUCAGGAGGAGGAGCAUCGAGGAGGAGGAGGAGAGAGGAAGGAGGAGCAGCAGCCGGAGCCUCGACCUGGACACCAGGCUCAGUGGGGGGAGGACAGGAGUGAGGUGGUGAGGCACAGGGAGGGAGGAGGAGGAGGAGGAGGAGGAGUGUGGAUCCUGGGUCUGGGUUUUAACAGCGUGGACAUGAGUCUGUGUGUGGUCCUGUACGUCUGCUCCUGCCUCUUCCUCAUGUUCCUCUUCUUCUUCUUCAAAGUCAGAUCCAGGAGGUGGAAACUGCGACAUUCCCGCCUCCAUGUCUAACCCCGACCAGACCGGAUCAGACCGGAUUACAGAGAAACCAGGCUGAUCUAAUCCAGGAUCAGUUCAGGGCUGGGUAUGGAAGUUAAAAAGUGCCAACAUGAGAGUUUCUCUCCUCAGAGUUAAUGUAGGAAUAUUCCAGUUAAAUCUCAACAGAUGGUGAUUUAGUUUUACAGGUGAGCUCAUGUCAUUGUCCAAUAAGAAACCAGGUCAUCAGUCGACCCUGUCAGCACUUGCUACGUCACCGAGACUCUGAAACCAAGUAUUUCACAGAGCAGAUUAAUCCAGAGCUGCAGGACUGAUCCUGAAACCAGGGAGUCAGUUAGCAUGUUAGCAUGUUAGCACUUCCUGUUGUCAGUGUGUUUCUGGUUAAAUGUCUGAAAUAAGGUCUGUGGUUUUAACACAAGCUCAAGACAUUUUCAGGUUUGAUUCUCCGACAUAAAAUGGGUCAGUAAAUCCCCCACUCCUGAUGUUUGAAGCUUUUACGUGUCUUAAAAAAGGCGGUUGCUAACGAGUGUCUAAAUGAGACUACAGAGGUUGUCGGGGACGUUAACAUGAAAACCCAUCUACUCACCAGUCCACCUUUACAGCCUCGUUGUGUUUCUACUCACGCUCUUUCAAACUCUCACUAACUUUCUAAGAAGAAAGGCUUUUGUAGAAGAGCUCAGAGCUAAAUGAAAUGACCAGUUGGAAGCUUAGUGGUGGAGACGUUGACGUCAUGUGACCGUGGUGUAGUUGGUUUAUAGCCUAACAUUAGCUUCUUACUUCAAACAUCAGAACAGUGGUGUUCAUCUGUGAAGAUGAUCUGAUCAACUAAACCUGAAGGAUCAGAAACUUUAGCUGCUCACUGUUUAUUUUCUGGAAUAAUCCAAAACACUAUGAAAAAAUCCCAUUGGCUUUUUGUGGAGGGAACCAGGUUGAUGCUAACUUCAGGGCUGGACUACAGAAACACAUCAUCACUGUGGGACUCACUCUGACCUUCGUUCUAGGACAAAUUGCGACCUUUCUGAAAGAUAGUGCGAUUUGAUUUGUGAUAUAUAUCUGUAUACGGAGGAGAGGACUAACGCCAGCCUCGCCGUGUUUAAAAACACUGAUAAUUAGUUUUGACUUUCAGUCGUCUGUGGUCUCCGUCUGUGAUGUUACAGAGACUUACAGACGCCUGUAGCAGCUUUUCUGUCUCUUAACGUAGCGAGUUGUUGACCUGUCUCUGCUGAGGUGGCAGCCAUUUUGUAUUUUGGGUUGGUGGGCGGCACAGUCGCGUUGACUCAGGCCUCUUCUGAUUGGUCAGUGUGACUGUCUGUCACACAGGAACAAUGAUGAGCCCUAAUGAAGCUCUGGUUCAGAGUCAGGACCUGGAAACAGAAUCACAGACUCUGAGCUUUGAUCAUCACAUUAGGUCAGAUCAAUAAAUCCUUCAGACCCAUUUCAGCUCGUUCUUCACGGCUCCAACCAAACCAUCCAGAUUUCAUUUUAAUUGUGUUUUAGUUCAGGUUCAGUUUCUCUAUGUGGGUUUAAAUCCCGCAGCAGCCUCUCAUUUAGAACCAUACCCAGACCUGAACCAGACCAGGACCGGACUGGACUGGACUGGUUUUUGGAUUGUAGUGGUUCAGAUGUGGAACCUGGCCUGGACUUGUUGUAUUUAAAGACUCCGUUUUGAACCUGGUCUGGACUCUCAGGACUGGAUUUAUUUAUCCUGAGACCAGGUGUGUUUUUAGACCUGUAUGUCAGACCUGGACUGGACUGGACCAGACCCUCAGGACUGGGUUUUGUGAGGAACAUGAUGACAGACCAGUGGCAGACUGGGAUUGAACUGGAUCAGACUGGUUGUUCUGGUGGAGUAUCAGAGUUCACUUUGUGCCAAAUGUUUAACCUGCGGACAGACGACUCACCUGUUCACCUGCUCACCUGUCCUUUCAGGCUCCGCCUCCGUCUACACAAACACUGUGUGUGUGUGUGUGUGUGUGUGUGUGUCUGUCUGUCUGUCUGUGUCUUGACUGUGAAACAGUCAAACAGAAACCGUUCUGAUGAAUGAAUCUCUGCAGACAGAGGCAUUGAUUGAUUGAUUGAUUGAUUGAUUGAUUGAUUGACUGGACGUAUUAUUGAUCAGCUGAUCAUUGGUGUGGGUCCUGUAGGUCUGUUUUGGUGGAUCUGGCAACACCUUGUGGCGGCUGCUGUCUCUUCAUCUUAAACUCUAAUUAAAGAACAUGGAGGAAAAAAAUUCUGAAGGUUGAAAAAAGUACUUUUACGAGAUCCUGAGAUUUCAGUUUUUUUUUUCUUCAUGGCUCAGAAGAAAAAUCAGCAGCUGAUAAAUGUAUAUUUUUCUAGAGACAGAAACAGAAGCAAACAUGGCAGUGGUUUGUUGACAUAUUUAAAGUUCAGUUCUAAAAAAGUGUGGUAACAAUAUAUUUUUUAACAUAAACAUUUUUGGUAAUUAAUUAAUUAACUUUGACCAGACAUGUACAGAGUGAAAAUAAACCGAUGACAAAAGAUUUACCAGUGAAUAUAUCAAACAUCAUCAAUAACAACAAACAACACAAAUACAAUUAAAUUGUGUCAAAUUAAGUUCAGAUUAAAAACAUGUCGACAGUUUGUUGUUGACGAGUCGUCUUUGUUAACAUUAGAUGAAGCUUUGACAGAUAAAAUAAUAAGUUACUUGUUUUAUAUUAUUUAUCAUUUCUGUCCUGACUCUUCUUAUAUUGCAGAUCAACACAAAAAAUAGAUAUAUCAGGGUUUUCAGCAUUAAAACAUUUUCAGUCAACGACUUUCUCUCUGUUUCACAUCGCUGUCACUUUCUCUAACAUUCUAACUCUGAUCUUAAACCAGAUGAAGGAUUUUAGUUGUCAGGUGUCUGGAUCUUCAGUGAUCAGAGAAACAAGCUAAGCUAACAGUGGCUGAUUUUAAUCAGCUGAUCUGUUUGUUCUGGAGAGGAGGAGACGUCUGUGGAGAAUUCAGCUCCUGAACCAUCAACACUGAAGGAACCUGAACGUACAAAUGAACUGAGCUAAUGUUAGCAGCUGCUCAGCACACCGGAACAACACUGAUGUUAAUUCUGAAUUAGACACAAAUCGCCAAAAUUCACUGAUUCAAAAAGUUUCACAGUUUGAAUAAAUAAAAAAAUGUUUUCGAUGGAAGAUAAUUUUAUGCAGAAAUUAAACAAUUUUUAAAAAACAGUUAUUUGAUUUCACCACUGAGAAUCAUCAGGGUUUUCAGUGAAAUCAUAAAUGUAAUUUUUUCUAAAUGUAUUUCUGUCCAAAUAAAAUUCAGAUUAGUUUUUUUUUUAAUUGACAAAGAAAAAGGAAAGUGAAAUUUAAGAAAAACGUGAAAAAUUCUCCAAUCGUACAUAAUGAAAGUUGAGAUAGAAAAUGACUGAAACUGUUUUCUGUGAAACAUUUUCAUGUUUCCUUUUUUAAAUUUAUUUUCUAUUUUAAUGUGACUUAUUUUCUUUUUAAAUUUAUUUCUUUUCCUCAAUUUAUUUAAUUUUCUCUUUCAACAUAAUUUAUUUUUCUUUUUAAUCAUUUGUCUAUUUUAACUUUUGAUGUAGUAUUUCAUCAGUAUUUCUGACUGAAUUGAUCUUCCAUACUUGGUCUUGAACAGUUUGUGUCAGGUGAGUGUCGUCUGUUUGCUGCAGGUAAACUUGAUCCUCUGUGUUUUAUGUAUUUAUUCUGAGUUAUUUCUCUGGUUCAGAUGUUUCUGAUGUGAAGUUUCUGGGUGGUGAAUCAGGAGCAGCAGAAACCUGCCGGAGGUCGAACACACUCUGCUCCUCCUGAUUCGUUUACUUUGUGUUGUUGUUGAUUAUGUUAAUUAGAUGUAAAUAAUCCGUCUGAAUAAAUCUUGUUGCUGCA